CGCCCGGCAGGGAAGUAUCGCGGGAAGAGGGAGUGAGCUUAGCUCUUAGGAGUCGCUAUGGUGACAGGGAGGUUCGAGGCUUCUUGGUAACUGGUCCCACUUCUGUGAGUACGAUCGCCACCGCUUUCCUGGCACUUAAGUGAAUACAAUCAAGUGGCAUUUUAAAAUUUUGCUGGAAGGUGGAGACAUGAGACUGAAGAUAUCUCUUUUAAAAGAACCAAAGCAUCAAGAAUUAGUAAGCUGUGUGGGCUGGAAUACUGCUGAGGAGCUGUAUUCAUGUAGUGAUGAUCACCAGAUAGUGAAGUGGGACUUGUUAACUAGUGAAACCAGUCAAAUAGUAAAGCUGCCUGAUGAUCUUUACCCAGUAGAUCUUCACUGGUUUCCGAAAAGUUUAGGCAUAAAGAAACAAACUCAAGCAGAAAGCUUUGUUCUCACAAGUUCUGAUGGCAAAUUUCAUCUGAUUUCUAAGUUAGGAAGAGUGGAAAAAAGUGUGGAAGCUCACUGUGGAGCAGUACUUGCUGGGCGAUGGAAUUAUGAAGGAACAGCAUUAGUUACAGUUGGAGAAGAUGGACAAAUAAAAAUCUGGUCAAAGACUGGAAUGCUAAGAUCAACUUUAGCUCAGCAAGGAACACCAGUGUAUUCAGUAGCAUGGGGCCCUGAUUCAGAAAAGGUUCUUUACACAGCAGGCAAACAGCUGAUCAUUAAACCUCUUCAACCAAAUGCUAAAGUUUUACAGUGGAAAGCUCAUGAUGGCAUUAUUUUAAAAGUAGACUGGAACUCAGUCAAUGAUUUAAUUUUAUCUGCUGGCGAAGACUGUAAAUAUAAGGUAUGGGAUAGCUACGGCCGCCCUCUGUACAGUUCACAACCUCAUGAGCAUCCUAUUACCUCAGUUGCCUGGGCUCCAGAUGGAGAAUUAUUUGCUGUUGGAUCAUUUCAUACUUUACGCUUGUGUGAUAAAACUGGGUGGUCAUAUGCUUUAGAAAAGCCCAACACUGGCAGCAUAUUUAAUAUCACAUGGUCAAUUGAUGGCACCCAGAUUGCUGGAGCCUGUGGAAAUGGACAUGUUGUUUUUGCACAUGUGGUGGAGCAACGUUGGGAGUGGAAAGAUUUUCAAGUAACGUUAACUAAAAGAAGGACCAUGCAGGUUCGUAACGUUCUUAAUGAUGCAGUGGAUUUACUGGAAUUCCGUGAUAGAGUCAUUAAAGCCUCUUUGAACUAUGCACACUUAGUUGUUUCAACAUCUCUUCAGUGUUAUGUGUUCUCUACGAAGAACUGGAAUACACCACUUAUAUUUGAUCUCAAAGAAGGAACUGUUAGUUUAAUUCUGCAGGCAGAAAGACAUUUUCUUCUUGUAGAUGGUGGUGGUAUCUAUUUAUAUUCUUAUGAAGGGCGCUUCCUUUCCUCUCCAAAAUUUCCUGGAAUGAGAACAGAUAUUCUAAAUGCACAGACGGUCUCUCUGAGUAAUGAUACCAUAGCAAUAAAAGACAAAGCUGAUGAAAAGAUAAUCUUCCUCUUUGAGGCAUCAACUGGAAAACCACUGGGAGACGGGAAGCUUCUUUCUCAUAAGAAUGAAAUUUUGGAAAUUGCUCUAGAUCAAAAGGGACUUACCAAUGAUAGAAAAGUUGCUUUCAUUGAUAAAAAUAGAGAUCUCUGUAUCACUUCAGUGAAACGAUUUGGGAAGGAAGAACAAAUUAUCAAACUUGGAACAAUGGUGCAUACUCUGGCAUGGAGUGAUACAUGCAACAUCCUCUGUGGACUUCAAGAUACUCGAUUUACAGUGUGGUAUUACCCCAAUACGGUUUAUGUGGACAGAGACAUUUUGCCUAAAACAUUAUAUGAAAGGGAUGCAAGUGAAUUUAGUAAAAAUCCCCAUAUCGUGAGUUUUGUUGGAAAUCAGGUAACUAUAAGAAGAGCUGAUGGCUCACUGAUUCACAUCAGCAUAUCACCAUAUCCUGCUAUUCUCCACGAAUACGUAAGCAGUUCAAAAUGGGAAGACGCUGUAAGACUUUGUCGUUUUGUUAAGGAGCAAACCAUGUGGGCUUGCCUAGCUGCUAUGGCAGUCGCUAAUCGAGAUAUGACUACUGCAGAAAUAGCCUACGCAGCAAUUGGUGAAAUUGAUAAGGUUCAAUACAUCAAUUCUAUAAAAAAUCUUCCAUCUAAAGAAUCAAAAAUGGCCCACAUAUUAAUGUUUAGUGGGAACAUACAGGAGGCUGAAAUGGUACUUCUUCAGGCUGGCCUUGUUUAUCAAGCGAUUCAGAUCAAUAUUAAUCUCUACAACUGGGAAAGGGCACUUGAAUUAGCUGUUAAAUACAAAACACAUGUUGAUACAGUGCUUGCCUACCGUCAAAAGUUUUUGGAGACAUUUGGUAAACAGGAAACUAAUAAACGAUACCUGCAGUAUGCAGAAGGUCGUCUUCUCUAUGAAAACUCACAGAAGCUUCUCCGAGAUCUCAGUACCAGGAAGACUGUGCCCCUCUCAAGCAGCUGGUUUGGAUUUGACUUACAAACGCUGAAUCCUUUAACUUAUCUGCUUUUUCUUUGUAUUUCCUGCUACAAAGCUCAGAACCAAGAUGCAUUCUUACCAUAUCCAGGGCCAUUAUUUCCCUACUCAUGAGAAGUCAAUGAAAAGAAAAAUGUCUGAAAUGUUUUAGUACGUGAAUGAGUUUGAUAACUGAAAACCAGGAGCGAAAGUUCGUUAGUACUGGAGAACCUGGCAUUUCCAGGUGGCUUUGUUUAAGAUAUGGUAUUUAGCAGCCUUGCAAAAGAUAUCAGUCACAGACUAUAUAUCUAUAUAGAUAUGUCUGUAUCCAUAUAGCUAUAUCUGCAUUCUAUACUAUAUAUAGAAUAUUAAAAAUAAGUAAAACCAGCAUCUCAUCAUGAUUUAUUUUCAGGUGAAAGAAUAAAACUAUUUUCUACAUUUCUAUUUUCUACUAGUUCUAUGUAAUAAAUAACUUCCAGGUGAAAUCUAUAAAACUGACCACCAAGAUAUUGCCGUUAGUGCUUUAAAAAUGUUUCUAUCCAGGUAUUCUAGUGUUGUGAACACAUGGGUUCUGUGUGUAUUAAUAUGGUGUGUUAAAUAUGUGUGUGUAUUACCAUGAGAUAUGUUAAUUUAUCACUAAUAAAAAUAGCUUUUCAGGAUUCCGCCCCCCCCCCAACAAAAUUAUGCCUGAACAGAAUCAUGCUUGGUAAAUCAAUGAAUUACAAGAAAAAAACCAAAGUAAACUCAUUUUUUAUUGAACUGGGGCAUGUGAAUAAAAGCUUGUGUGACGUGUAGGAAAAAAACAAGUGCAAAACUUGUUGUAACUUUAAAAUUUAGUAGAAUCUCAUUGCAUGAUUGGUGUCACAUUAUAGACAUUCUGAAUUUUAGGGAGAGAAAUGUUCCAUAGCUGGUACAAGGAAAACAUCUUGAUUCAUAUUUUACGUGUAUUUUCACAAGAUUUUGUUGUACACUUCUAGAUGUUGGUAGUAACAACAUAGAGGAUAUACUUUAUAUACUGGUACUUGGAUAUUCAUGUUGAUGUUUCAGAUAUGGGUGAGUUUUUAAAAGUGUCUAAAACAGUGUUCCCUCAAAGAAUAAAUCAUUAAAGGAAUAAGGCAACUUUCCGGUUUGUCUGAACGGUGGGUGGUACUGACAGCCACAUGUAAUUAAAACGUAGUGUUUGAGUAACAUUAAUAUUUGUGAUUAUUCAAUAUAAUGUGAUUUCAUUAAAUCCUGUACCAUUCUCAAAAAAGUUGAUAUAGUCUCAACUGCUGAUGCUUUCGCCAAUUCACAGCUUAAAAUUGCUUUUAAAUGAUAAAGACACACAUUUCAUAUUUUAAUACAUUACCAUAUAGUCACACAUCUAAUACAAUUUGCACAGAGAAAGGUUUUAAUGUUUUCUGUUUUAAUACACUUCAAAUGAUUCUCUUUAAUGACAGGGUCAUUAGCUUUUAGAAGUUUAGAGUAAACCAUUCUCUUCUCUUACAAUUCAGACAUCUUAAGGUUUCUUAGAACUGGCAGACUUUUUCAAUCAGCUUUAAAAAGUUUAAAGUAAUCAAAUCAUUUUCUUCUAAUACAAUUCAGAUAUUUUAAGAUUUCUCAGGAUUGCCAGAACUUUUCAAUCAUAAGAACAACUUGUCUAGAUACAUGUGUGAGGUCCACUGUGUAGUUUUUCUCAAU